CUGGAGGACGGCCCCAGAGGCCUGGACAGCGGGGAAAUUGGGGGAAGCAGGCCAAACUCACCUCGGUCAAGCGGGACAUAGCACACCUGCUUGAGUGUUUUGGGGCAGCUCUAGUCGGGAUUACGGGCGGAAGAACUUGCUGGGGAGGGAGCAGAGGUCACGAUGGGGGCAGCAUAGAGGUCUAAUUUCGGUAUUAUUCUCCUUCACAGUCCCGCUCCCAUGCCGACUUCUCGUAGGUAUAUCUACCUCUCAAGACUGAAUCCCACCGCGGCUCCCUGAUGCCCUGUAUACCCUCGGGAGAAAGGCACGUUGAAGGUGACUAACCGCGCCAUAUAUAUACACUCAUAUAUAUAUAUAUAUAUAUAUAUAUUUGCACAUACCAAGCAAGGUAUACACACACACACACACACACACAUACACAUAUACACAUUUACUGGAGCACUUGCUCCUCAGCCUCAGUGCAUCCAUCCCACGACAGUCGUUCGGAGUCUUCAAGAUGGCCAGUAGGGUGUUGGCAGGAAAGGUGGGAAUAGUAACAGGUGCCUCGAGAAGCAUCGGGGCAGCCAUUGCCGAGAACCUUGCCUCGAAAGGAUGCAACUUGGUGCUCAACUACACGUCCAAGUCAUCGACAGCGCUCACAAAAGAGCUCUCCAAGAAGCUCGAGGGCAAGUACGGGAUCCAGACGGUCGGCGUGCAGGCAGACCUGGGCACGCCGCAGGGCCCGCUGGCGCUGGUCGAGGCUACCAAGAAGCACUUUUCGUCGUCGCCGCCGACGGCCGCGGCCAAGCAGGACUACAAGUUCCAGGUGGACAUCAUCGUCAACAACGCGGGCGUGGCCAAGAACGGCAAGCUGGCCGACAUCAAGAUCGAGGACUUUGACCUCACGUACAGGGUGAAUGUGCUGGGGCCGCUGCUGCUGAUGCAGGCCGCGGCGCAGUACCUGCCCCGGGACCGCUCCGGGCGCAUCGUCAACCUGGCGUCCAUCAGCUCCGACUGCGGCUUCCUGGGGCAGUCGGUCUACGGCGGGUCCAAGGCCGCCAUCGAGGCCAUGACCCGGGUGUGGGCGCGUGAGCUGAGCGAGCGGGCAACCGUCAACGCCAUCAACCCAGGCCCCGUCGAGGGCCCGAUGUACGCGGCCAACAGCGCCGAGUUCAAGGCCGCCAUCAAGGGGUGGAUCGAGCAUGCGCCGCUGAUGAGGGCGCGCGAGGGCAUCGACGCCCCGGAGGUGGUGGAGGCGGCCAGGGCAGAGGGCGGCCGGCCGGCCUACACCUCCGAGAUCGCCGGCAUCGUGGGCAUGCUGUGCACGCCGGACGCCGCAUGGUGCACGGGGCAGGUUGUCUGUGCCAACGGCGGCCUGCUCAUGAAGUAGAAGUAGACAGGUAGACAGGUAGAGAGGUACCUAGGUACCAAGUAGGUAGCGAAAUGCCGCCGGGACCCGACCCGACCCGGCCCCGAGUCCGAGUCCGGCCACUAGCGGCGGGAUCCGUCCCAACAUUGAACCUGACUGACCAUGCAAUGAUAUAACAAAUCCUCUCCCG